GGCAGAAGAGACGUGGUGAAGAGGUCAUUCCAGGUGAUAUGUAUAAACUGGCCGCACUCUUGGCGCGAUGGGCAGCAACUGAUCGCCUGCCUAUUAAUUUGUCUCUUAUGUAGAAAAUUAGAUAGCAAACCCGAAGGACUGGGACACAUUAUUCCUCACUCAAUACUAAAGGAAGCGAGGGAAAAAAACUUCUUUGAUCAUGUUCGCGGAGCUGAAGGGGGAGUGUCCAAUUUUGGAUACUAUGCAUUUUGUAAAGGUUGUGAAAAAGUAUUUCAGAAGGGCGAGGUUCAUUUUAAUCCAGAGUUUUUUAAACCAUUUCUUGCAGAUGUUGAUGGCAAGAUUAAAAAAACUGUAGAAAAGGCCGGUUUUCCAUGGCUUUACCACUGUUUAAUUUCCAUCAUUUGGCGAGGGUUGUGUUUCACUCCAGAAAACAGUGAACAUAUUGCAGCAUUAGAAUAUUUGCGAGAAUACUUGUUAAACUGGAAAACGGAUCCUGGGGAGAUAGAUAAAAGAGUAAAGCUGUUUCUUUUUGCUCCAAAUUGCGAAAUUGAUAAGAAGUUGAAAGAUAAUGAGGUAAAUAGACGCUUCUUUUACAAAAUGUUUGCUGAUAACAUUUUUUCAUGCGCCCAACCGAAUGUUUUUCCUGUGUGGCUUUUCUGUGGCCCUUUGCACGUAUAUAUGCUAUACAAGGGAUGCGAUUGGAGCGAUAAUGUUUUUGAAGACGGUUUGCUUGCUACAAAAACAAUCAAAUUUACUAUAGAAGAUAAAAAGACCAGGAUUUUUCCUGCUGAAUAUUACAAAGCGCUCGUUGAUUUUGGCACGUUUAUUUUGUCAGCCACUUUUCGAUUGCCAUCGUCUGGCACAGAGGCCAGCAGCACUUCACCAGUUUUGCAG